UUCUGCCCACACCGUCUCCAAACUGGUCAGCUAGGAAACCUUGUUCAUCUGGAGUUACUGCUCGAUAUUAGAGUAAAUUUUAACAGUGUGUGGGGCUUUUCUUUUUGGAUUGCUUUGCUGCAGCAUGCUGUUGGGGUUGCCAGCACUGCACGGCCUGUUGCAAAGGAGCCGACACAUUGCUCAGGGCUCGUUCAACUUGUGGGUCCCCUGACCUUGGAGAUCUGCAAUUUGUGGGGGUAUGUGUGAGCGCAGUUUCCGAGCACAGAUUAGCUGCUGCUGCGGCCCUUCGCCCUGCUCUCUGUGCUGUCCCUUCCUGCCAGGAAUUAAAGUCUCUUCUGGGUCCCGGCUGAUGUACACCCUGUAUCAUAUUGUCAGCUCCACUGGCUGCUGCCUCCUGCUCUCCAGGACAGUUGCAGAGUCAGUGAGAGAGAGAGUGCCUUUCUUCAGGUCUUUCUGUGAACAGUUGCAGCCAGGCUCAGACUGUGACAUGUUAAUUGGAUAUUCGGCGGUGUACAGAGUGUGUUUCGGCACAGCCUGCUUCUACCUGCUCCUCUGUGUGUUCCUCUUCAACGUCAAGUCCAGUCGGGAUUACAGAGCCCUGAUUCACAACGGGUUUUGGUUUGUGAAAUUCCUGAUGUUGGUCGGCAUCUCCGCUGCUGCCUUUUUUAUUCCCGAUGAGUCGUUUCUGCACGUUUGGCGAUACGUUGGCGUUACUGGGGCACUCUUGUUCAUUUUGAUGCAGCUCUCUCUCAUCAGUGUGUUUGCACAUUUCUGGAACAAGAACUGGAUGACAGGAGCUGCACAUGGGAAGUGGUGGAGUCUUGCUGUGCUGGCUGUGACCCUACUGUUCUAUGCUCUGGCAGUGACUGCGUUCUCGCUCAUGUACAAGUUCUACACCCACCCUGCAGGCUGCUUGGUCAACAAGGCCCUGCUCAUCUUGAACAUCAGUCUGUGUUUCCUGGUGUCACUGUUAUCCCGUAGUCAGUGUGUUCAGCAAAGGCAGCCCCACAGCAGUCUACUGCAGGCCUCCAUCAUCAGCUGCUAUGUCAUGUACCUGACAUUCUCUGCCCUGUCCAGCCGGCCCCCAGAGACAGUGCAAUAUCAGGGUCAGAACAUCAGUGUGUGCUCACCGAGUGUCAAUGAGAAUGGCGUUCAGGCCAAGGGCAGGCUCAUUGCCUUCUUUGGAGCUGCCGUCAUGUACUGCUGCGUGCUGUUUGCUUGCAACGAAGCCUCUUACCUGGCCAAGGUGUUUGGGCCAUCGUGGAUGGUCCGUGUUUACAGAUACGAGUUCAAGAAAGCAUCAUGUUGCUUCUGCUGUCUGGACGAGGAGUUGCCGAGCUGUGAGGUGGAGGUGACGGGAGGCCAGGAGGUGAUCCACGAUGAGAGGGACCGAGUCACAUACAGUUACUCCUCCUUCCACUUUGUGUUCUUCCUGGCCUCACUCUAUGUCAUGAUGACCCUGACCAACUGGUUCAACUAUGAGUCUGCGACGCUGGAGACAGUGUUUUCCCAGGGAAGCUGGUCCACGUUCUGGGUGAAGAGUUGUUCCUGUUGGCUCUGUCUGCUGCUGUACCUGCUGAUCCUCCUUGCCCCGCCGUGCUGUGUGGACAGUGAGAGACGGCGCGCGGUCCACGUGAAAUAGCUGCCUAUCAGGACUAGGGAACAUUCACUGCGACUGGGGACAGUCUCUGGGAUUGGGAAUACUCACAGGGAUUGAGAACGCUUUCCAUGAUUUGGUAUACUUGCCAGGAUUGGGAAUUCUCUGGGACUGGGAACUCUCUCUGUGAUUUUAGAAGCAACAGCGAACUGGAUGGAAUCUUCUAGAAGCCAAUCUUCUGCUUCCUUUCACAAACACUGAGGGUACAGCACACUAGUCUGAGAUGGUUUGCGCACAGGUUUUUGGAUUUUGUCUCCACAGGAUACGAUGGUCUUGUGACUCUGACAUCGCUCAGGAGAUUCCGAGAGUUCGAAUCCCACCAGGACAGACUCCAAGAUCAUACUGAAUACAUCUGGCCAUUUGUGAGCUGCCAGCAAGCAAACUGACCAGAAGAAUCUGCUGGAUCUCCUGCUGGUCCUAAAACCCAACCUGUUGAUUAAUAUCCUUUGGGGGAGGGGGCCCUGUUGUCCCACUGAUCUUUUCUGGUCCCACUCUCUGUGUGGCCGCUGAAACAACCCAACGAAUUCCUUUAAACAAGAAAGGGCAGGAGAUGGAGUAAAGAUGGAGAAACUGUUCAAUAGGACGAAGAACUGCAGCUGCCGAUGAUCUGAAACAAAAGCAGACAGUGCUGGAGAAGCUCAGCAAGUCGGACAGCAUCUGUGGAGAGAGAGGAACAGAGUUCGUGUUUCUGGUCUGGGCUGACCCUUGUUUAGAGACUGUUUCCAGUGACGAGAGGGAAGAGAAUUGAGAAAGAACCACAGGGAGAGAGGAGACUGGGAUCUGGAACGACAGGAACAUUCCGAAGGGAAUCAAAUAAAAACUGAAGGGAAGUGUGGCGAAAGAGCCGGGGACUGGCUAUUUACCCUAUCCAUGCCCCUCAUAAUUUUGUAAACCUCUAUAAGGUCACCCCUCAGCCUCCGAUGCUCCA